GCCAUGUCUGUAUGGGACCAUGUGUGAAAUUAGCACCGACAUGGAUUUACUUUAAAGGUUCAUGUUAUCAGCUAACAGCAACAAAUGUGCAACAGGUUAUGGUGGAGCUUCUGUUCACUUCUCUCCGAGCAUACUGGGAAAUGGAUCUUCACCCACAGAUCUUACAGAGGAGGACUUAGAUGCUCUACGUUUUGAACUUACAAAAACAGAGGAUGAAAUUCAGGCCUUGAGGCAGGUGCUUUUGGCCAAAGAACAAUACGCAGCAGACAUCAGAAGGCAACUAGGAAUGAGUCCGCUCGGUAACAUCAAACAGAGCAUAUCCAAAGGAUGGCAAGAGGUCCAGACCUCAGCCCCAUAUCUCACAGCCUCUGCAACUCUGGAUGACAUCAGCCACUCCAGUGUAUAUGUGAGGACACGGGACAGUCUCUCUCAUGCAGGCCAGGUGACAUCUGCUGCAAUGUCUAGUGUGGGCGUGGUCAUCACCAGGAGACUGGCACAGAUGAGAGCUCUGCCUCUUCCAAGCCCACCACGCACACUGAGCCACACCAUAAGUGUGCCGAGUAUGAGGCAUUCCUCUACAUUCAGAUCUUUUGAGGAAAUGGUUGGCAAUAUGAAGGAUAAGGUGACUGGCAGCACGUCAACUAAUGGAAACACGUCCGGGUUUGAAAGAAGAUCCCAUCGCCACAGUCAAUGAGGAAAAACCAGUCUAAUGUCAAUAAUUAUUUUCAUGACUUCUAAAGCUAUAAAAGAAAAUAAUUUUGCUCCCUGUCUGUAUGAAUUUGUUUUUUGACUGUAAUCUAAAACCGAUUGUCUGAUAGAAUAUGUUAAAUUUUUAACUUAAGCUCAUUUUGACAUAAAACAUUUUUAAUAUUCAAUACUCAGUUUCAUGGAUGUAAUUUAUUUUGACAUGUGUGUGCAGAGACUCAUGCAGAAAUCAGCUGUAAUUUAAAUUAUAAGUAUUUUUGUAAUUGAACAUUUUUCAAUUAAAGUUAAUAGAAUGGUG